AAAUGAAGCCUUCUUGUCCGUGUAAAACAAAUUCACAUUCACAUGACACCAAGUGAUUAAGGAGGCUAUCUAAUGAAACAGACUGCUAAUUCAAUCUGUUGUGUAUAACAUAAGUAGUUCUAGACGGAUUGUAACUGAGUACAAAUCACUGACAGUCCACACUCCCACACGUUCCAUUCCCCCCUCCCUUCAGUUCAUUGAGCAUCAUCAGCACCAUGAGAAACUGAACAGCGACAGCAUUGUCAUCAGGGAGGAGAGCGGCAGCGCACCGAGGCUAUACAUUUGUGGCCAAAAGCGCCAAAUAAAUACUGUCCUUCGAAGGUACGUUAACAUGAAACGUGUCUUCAGAUUCAGGACUUGGAAGCACACGCUGAGGAUAUUCCAUUGUAUUCGUAUCUGGACGUGUCGACUAUGUGAAGCCGCUGAGCUCCAGGAAAACAUUUGAUAAACAGGAGCAGAGGAGCUCGUUUACGCUUAUAUUUAUGUCCAGAUAUAGCCAGCACCGCAUUUGGUUCUGUUCCUCUUGUGAGGUAUAGCAAGAUAGCCCGUUUUCGGUGCCGAGCCGUGGAAAUACUAGCCUAACCUCCUGCGCCGAAUCAACAAGCAUCACGGCCGUCGCAAGUCGAAGGAAGCGACCCGCCACACCUGACUCGCCUGAUUCCCCGCCAAGAUAGUGACAUGACAGCACGCGCCAAAAAGAAGAGGAUAGAGCGGGAAGAGAUCUGCAAAAGGACACGCAAAUGUUUUGAGAAGGGUAACCAAGUGAACGAGGAAAUUCGAGUCCGAGGAACCGUCUGCUGCAGCGAGAGGCUAUCAGAGAGCGCAGUGCACCACAGGCGUGGAGACAUCGGUGGGCAUCUGAGAAUAGCGUUUUGUCAACCACAAAAACCUGUUCAACUAUCUCUCACAUUUCAAUGAAAAAAUCAGCGCACAAGUCUACAUACCCUACUUUUUCUUCACUACCCUAUUCGCACCUCAUAAUAUUGAGCAAAUGCAAAAAAAGAGAGCAUAUUAGCGCAUAUAAACUGAGCAGUUAAUAAGCAAAUUCCAUUGGAUGAAUGAACUUGUGUUGUCAGUUGCAUGGAAAGUGAUCAGGAUUGAUGUGUAUUUUGCCAAACUCGAAAGCUGUUCAGUCCUGGUCUGUUCCCUUGGCUCUCUCGCUUGUAGCCAUGGGCUGCAUCCAAAGCAUCGCCUGCAAGUCGCGUAUCAAACGCGAGAACAUAGUUGUCUAUGAUGUGUUGGCAACCAUAGACCACACUCCGACAGUGAUCGAAGAGAACUCGCCCAUAGUGCUGCGCUACAAAACACCUUAUUUCAAGGCCUCGGCUCGGGUUGUGAUGCCUCCGAUCCCCAGGAACGAGACCUGGGUUGUUGGUUGGAUUCAAGCGUGCACACAGAUGGAAUUUUACAACACUUAUGGGGACAUUGGCAUGUCAAGCUGGGAGCUUCCUGAGCUGCGUGAAGGUCUGGUGCGAGCCAUCAGCGACUCAGAUGGCGUCAGUUACCCAUGGUAUGGCAACACCACAGAGACGGUGACACUAGCCGGGCCCACGGCCAAACCAUCGCGCUUCACCGUCAGCAUGAAUGACAACUUCUACCCCAGCGUGACCUGGGCCGUGCCGGUGAGCGACAGCAACGUGCCGCUGCUCACUCACAUCAAGCGGGACCAGAGCUUCACCACAUGGCUGGUUGCGCUCAAUGCCGGUACCUGUGAGAAAAUCCUGCUGCAGACUAUCAAGUGGCGUAUGAGAGUGGACAUCGCUGUGGACCCCUGCAAAUCCCUGGGCUCCCGGGCGCGUCUGAUAGGCCGGCCACAUCAGGACCAACCACGGGUCUUAACCCGGAUGGAGCCCAUCCCGCUCAACGCCAUGGGCCGGCCUAAUGCAAACGAUGCUCAGGUGCUCAUGUGGAGGCCCAAGAGAGGGGCACCGCUGGUGGUGAUACCCUCCAAAUGACCCGCGGGAUGCGGGACAAAACCAGGAACAGCCGUGAAAGGAGACCUCUUUUACUUGGAAGGCGACAGAGAGGGCAACUGCCUUAAAUCCACACCACUGCCUUCAAACCUUAUCGGCCACCUGGGUACUAGUGACACUCAAAAUAGGACCACUGCCUUAAUAUGUUCCUGGGAGCCCAAGUGCUCUUGAACUGCACACACAGAUUGUGAGUGGACAUCACAAUAAACUGCCUUGCACAAAUGUGGCAUAGCAUUCCAAUCAACUAGGCCAAUGUGACAAGCCAGUCAGCACACAGAGAAUGAUUGGCAAGCAAAGUUCGAUUGGGAUGAAGAAUACUUUGUGGAUGGCACCACAAAGUAAAGUCUGCCUUAUGGCCUCCUGCUAUUAACUUUGAUGAUUGUUAUAUCAUUAGGGGAUGGACUAGGGUUAAAUCAGACUGCCUUUGCCUCUGGGUCAAAUACAUACUUGAAGUAUGCAAAAGGCACCCAGAACAGGCAUUUUUAUCCCUGAACAUACAUUCUCAAAAUGGUACAUGUAUGAGAAAAUUGUUUUAGGAUUUGAAGUCCACAGUUUUACCAGUGGAUGGCAGCUAUUAGGAAGCUUCCGUAUCGCUGGUAGGUUGACAUGGCAGAGGAAGGGGAAGCAAGGUGCUUAGAGAGAAUGUGAAAAGUCCCCCUGCUCCUCAUUAGUGAGCUGCAGAUCAGCCAAAAGAUGUGUAGUCAGACACACACAUGUGCACACAGACACAGACACACACAGACUAAGACAUACACA